AUGUACACUCAUAAUGCGGUCGACACUUUUGACAUGGGCUCUGCCGACAGUUCUAUAUCAUCACUCAAUGAAAUCCCGAUGGAAAUGGAUUUGACUACUGCAGGACCGCCUAUCUCUGACGAUGAAACUGAAGUGGAAACUAAGGAGAAAAAAUUCUUUGUUUAUGCAAAACGGAUUCUACCUCACGUUGGUCUAGUGAUUCUUCUAUUCUUGUAUUUGAUUGCUGGUGCAUUUCUCUUCAGAUACUUAGAAGCACCUAAAGAACUUGAGACUCGGAAUCAUGAGCUUACAACAAUACUUGGCCUACGUGAUGAAUUUCAGGAUCAUAUAUGGAAUAUCACACAGGAUUCUGACAAUCGGAUAUCCAGAGAAGCAUUCAACGCUAUCAAUCAAGAAUACUUCGAGCAACUUGUCAAAAAUAUGUUUCAAGCUUAUAGGAAUCAGUUCAUUACUGCAAAACACUUACUAAAUAAAACAAGAGAGGAUGAAGUACUGUGGACAUUUCCAAAUUCAAUGUUUUUCGCGGCUACUGUAAUUACUACUAUCGGAUAUGGAAACUUAGUGCCGAUUACUGUAACUGGUCGUGUCGCAUGUAUCAUUUUUGCACUGUUUGGAAUCCCUCUACUCCUUGUCACUAUUGCCGACAUCGGAAAAUUCUUAUCUGAAUUUCUGAGCUAUCUCUACAAGUCCUAUCGUGGAUUCAAACGAAAGCUCCGCCGUCAAUCAAAAAAGAUUGCUAGCCAGUACCGAUCACAAUCCCAAUCAAGAUCAAGUUCAGUUAUGGGAUCUUCGAAAGCAGGGUCAAUGAAUCUCCAUGAUAUUGAUUCUGAAUCCGAAGACUCUGCUGGUGAUGAAUUGAGAAUUCCUGUAUUCAUGGUUCUUUUGGUACUUCUUGCUUAUACUGCAAUUGGAGGAUUUCUGUUUCAAUCGUGGGAGCACUUGGAGUAUUUCGAAGCAUUUUAUUUUUGUUUUAUCACAAUGGCAACUGUUGGCUUUGGAGAUAUUGUGCCGAAUGAACAAGUCUAUGUGUUUUUCACAAUGGCAUACAUCAUUUUUGGAUUAUCAUUAGCAACUAUGUGUAUUGACCUGGCAGGUACCGAAUACAUUCGCAAGAUCCAUUACCUAGGUACAAAAAUGGAAGAUGCAAAAGGCGCAGUUAUGACUGGUUUACAAGCUGGAGAACACCUACUUAAGCAUACUGGAAUAGAAGUUAUCAAAACAGCCGGAGGAAAACUUGUUCAAGUGCGUGGAGCUGUACUGAGUUCUAAAGAAGCCCGAGAACUGGGUAUGAGUUACUUACUGCAAUUCAACUAUCAACACAAAAAUGUUCUGUAUGAACCAUUGACAGGGAACUUGGCGAAAGUCGUCAAAGAAGCAAAUAUCAAAAUUCUCCCAGACGAUAUCACCGAGAAAGAUGGUUAUAUUGUGCAAAACAAAAGUUAUGAUCGUCCCGUUCUUGGAGAACGUGGAUUUGUCCGAUUAAAUGGGAAUGCAAUCAAACGGAUAAUGAUACCAUCCAGAAAUCAAGCAAUAUGUGUCCCAUAUUUGAUACAGAAAGAAUCAGAAAUAUGA